AUGGCGUCGUUGGAUGCGCCACCGCCGCUUGUGGUUAAGCGGCGCUUAUCUGCUUCAACUUCAGACGCCAGCUGUGAGGACUCGACAUCCACGGAGUUAGCCGUCGCCGAGGAAUCUACAAAUCGAUCAAGUUUCGCUUUGCUGGUAAGUGGCAUGGCAUGCGGUCAACGGAAAGACUUUGAAAAUCUACUGGCUCUUAACGUCGAAGACUGCUCAGUUAUUCCGAAAAAAAUUCCUUCCACAGUUGUAGAUCGGAACAUCCAGUUCGCUAUGAGGCGUCACGAAUCCUUAGAAAUCAAGCCAAAGAUCACACGUGACCGAAAAGUAACUAAGCCUGGCUUGAAGACGCUCAUGUAA